CUUUUAUAUACAUAUCUUGAGAUCUUUUCUAAAAGAAGUAUUUAUCUAUCUAUUUAUUCAAAAAAAAAUCACUGUUCCUUUCACUCAAUCGCAUACACACAAAAGAAGAAGAAAUGUCGUUUUGCUUUACAUUCCCAGCAGAAAUUAUCGAUUCAAUCAGUGGGUUUCUUUCUACCCAAGACUUGGUAUCAGUUGUGCUGGUCUGUCGUGCGUGGAACUACAGCUUCUCUCCAAGCAUCUAUAGAAAUAUUUCUCUGAGUGAUCCUCGCCAAUUCCAUCGUCUGUACUCCAUUCUCGCAAAAUCAUCCACCACAAAUACACCUUUUGGAAACUACGUCCGUAAUCUGGACAUUCUGGACGGAAGAGCCAUACAGGCAGGAAUUGGUCAACUACCAGUUCUCUGCCCUCACAUUACCGCCUUAAAGGUUACACAGAAAUGGGCAUCCCGCGUCAAUUCGAUAGUCUGUGUCAAUGAUGGUGCUUUGGAAAGGACAACCAAGGCACUCUUGCACACCUUUGUCACAUCCAAUCGGCUCAAUUCUCUUUCGCUCAACUUUUACCGGCGGAUCGAUCUUGACAUCUUACCACAGCUCUCCAAUCUACAGCAUCUGAGUCUGGGGUGGCUCAACCAAGGAAUAUCUCCAGCCACACUCCAGACCAUCCACGCUCAAUGUCCGCUUCUAAAAAUUCUGGCACUCGACGGACUAGAUCGGAUAAAUGAACCCCAACAAGGUUUGACAUCUUCUACCCUCCAGUCACUCUCACUACACUUCCGAAAGGGCAUCCAGUGCGAUGAAGCCUGGCUUGUUUACAUUUCACACACCUAUCCUCGCCUGAGUCAUCUCAGUCUCGAAGCACCCGCUCAGUACUCCGAGUCUGUCGACUUUGCACCUCUACUGAUCCCAUCGGCAUAUCAUCGGUUUGCUUCCCAAGCCAAACAUCUACGUCAGCUUGAACUCAUUCACACCAUUCGGCACAAGAUUCUUAUCGACCUGCUUCAUUCCUACCACGUGCCUCUUGCAUCGCUUGUUCUGCAGACAAAGUUUGGCUUCCCACGUGAUUUCUGCGACACCUUAUUCAAUGUCUUUCCGUCCCUGACUUUGCUUUCUGCCCAAGGACACCCGCGAUACAGAGACUGCAAUGAACCUGUCAGAUCACUCUCGAACUUUUCUACCCACCUGCGGCACCUCAACCUCGGCCAGUGGGACACUGUUCAUCUAGAGACCAUAUUAGGAGUCUUGCCAAACCUUACACAUCUUACCUUACAGGACAGCAUUCUUUUGACAGGGUCGGAUUGCCCUACAUAUAAUAACAACAAUAGUAAUAUUAUUGAUGGCGACAGCUUUACUGGCGGUAGUAACUUGGAAUCACUGGUAUUGGAGAGAAUUAGCCUACCAUGUGAUGGGAUUGUGGAGAUCAGGGGCACCUGUCUAAAACACCUUGUCCUUCGUCACUGUACAGCACCACACCAAAACCUAAAAAUCAAACUACCAGGCGUUGUUCUCUCGCGGGUAGAGAUUGAUGAGCUGUGUGUUGGGCAGCCAGUGUGGAAGUCUGACAGGGUUGUCAAGAGUGUGACAAUCCUGGGGAGUUCAGGGUCUUUUGGUCAGCAUGAAUUAACAAAAGCACCAAGUCCUUUGGAAAUUGAAUGUGAAUCAGUGUGGAAACUUUUAGUGAAUCAAAAAAAUAAGUAUUUCUGGUUAUAUUUCCAAGAUAAACUAAGAAUAUUUAUCUUUAUCUGCGUUGACUAUACUAGUGUUUCAGAUAGUCUUCCCAAAGAAAAGAAAAAAGAGAAAACAAUAAUCUCACAAUAA